CUGCGUCACUUCCUCCCCACGUGAAACGCUCAGUACAUGUGAGGAAAAUUAUCCACAUUCAUUUACUGCAGGUUUGUUCGCGUUUAAAGGCCGCUAAAUCAUAUAUAGUCAUCUAAUGAUUAUCGAUAGCAGCACUAUGGAGUCUGAAGAUGAGGAGUCUCUGCUCGGGCAGGAGUCCGAGGAUGAGAACAGUGAAUUAUCAGACAGCGAGCUUCAAGAAGCCUUCGCAAAGGGGUGGUUGAAACCAGGGAUGAACGUUUUGGUGGAUCAAACCAAAAAGCAUGUCAACAAUGUGGAGGGUUUGAAACAAUGCCUCGCUGGCUUCCGUAAAGACCUCCCCUGGGCGGAGAGGUUGGAUAUGACCAACCUGCCGGCUGAAGACGUUAUUUACAAAGCAGAAGGGAAAAAACCAGCUGUAAAGAUUGGAGAUGUCAAUCCAGAUGAUGAUUUCCAGAGAGAGAUGUUUUUCUACCGUCAAGCUCAGGCUACAGUACUAGAUGCGUUGCCUCUCCUGAGCAAACAUGGCAUACCCACCAAGAGGCCUGACGAUUAUUUCGCAGAGAUGGCCAAGUCUGAUCAGCAAAUGCAGAAGAUCAGGAAAAAGCUUAUCUCAAAGCAGUUGAUACUGGAGAAGUCGGAGAAAGCAAAGAAACUGAGAGAGCAAAGGAAGUUUGGCAAAAAGGUCCAAGUCGAAGUGAUUCAGAAGAGGCAUAAAGAGAAGAGAGAUAUGAUGACUUCUGUGAAGAAAUUCCAGAAAGGAAUGACCGACAAACUGGAUUUCCUGGACGGAGACCAGAAGAAGCCUAAAGAGCCUUCUCAGGCCCAAAACAAAGUGGCAAAAGACAACAAGAAGGGCCCCAAUGCCAAGAGGAAGUACAAGGACCAGAGGUUUGGCUUUGGAGGCAAGAAGAAGGGAAAGAAGUGGAACACCAAGGAGAGCCACAACGAUGUUUCUGGUUUCCGCGCCAAAGUCGCUAAUGCAAAGGGGGCCAAGAAAGGUGCCAAAGGAGGAAAACAAAAUAAACGCCCUGGCAAAUCUGUGCGCAAGAAGACUAAGUCUCGCUCUUAAAAACUGACUGCGGCGGGUCAAUUGGCUGGACUUGGACCUUGUUUCUAGGAAGGAUUCCCCUCACCUGCUCACCAGUCUCUCCUCCACGUACAUCAUGAGACUUUAGGAGAACAUGGACUUUAAUUCUAAGCUUUUAGUACAACACACCUCCGUAACAUGUCUGGAUUGAUGUGGACGACCCUUCAUGCCACACAGAGAGAUCCUGCCAUAUUGCUAAGGCAGCUAAUUGAAGGACAUGACUGUCAAAAUGGUCAACCCAAGAGUGGAGUACAUAA